UCCUUUGCGUCGUCUUCUUGUUAUUAUUCCUGCGAGUAAAAAGAGAGCAGUAACAAUGUCUUCCAACCCUAACAACUCCACUGUUUACAUCGGUAACUUGGACGAGAGAGUAACUGAUAGGGUUUUAUACGAUAUCCUUAUUCAAGCUGGAAGGGUGGUUGACUUGCACAUUCCUCGAGAUAGGGAGACCGACCGCCCAAAAGGUUUUGCGUUUGCAGAAUAUGAAACCAAGGAGAUUGCUGAUUAUGCUGUCAAGCUUUUUACUGGCCUUGUCACUCUUUACAAUCGAACAUUGAGAUUUGGAAUAUCUGGGCAAGACAAGUCUGCAUCAAACUCACCCAUGCCUGCAUCAAAUGCCCCUUUUAGAUCAAGGCUAAAUUUAGAGGUUUCCCCGAACUCUAUGUCACCGUAUACACAAGUCUCCCCAGUUGCGCCACAAUAUUCUAAUGUAAAUCGAUCACAUAUGGAUCACAAUAAUUAUGACCAUCGAAGAACUCACGGGACAACAUGGGAUAAUUCUAACCUCUAUGAUCGUUCAUAAAUCCAUCGGUAAUUUGUAAUCUUGUUGUUGUCAAUUGGAGCAUUAGAGAUCUGUUCUUGAUUAAUAGCUCAUCGUUAAGUAAGUAGUUUUUGAAUUGAUUAAAAUGUAUUAGGUAAUACUAAGCCGAACCCUGAUGAAGAUACUU